AUGCGGCUGGCAGCAACCCUCCUUAUACUAUGCCUAGCAUCGGCACCACCAGGAAAAACCACCAACAACCAGCCGCUAAAGACAACACCAUGGAAAAACCUUUGCGAUGUCUAUGCGGCAUUCAAGGACAGAAUGGCCGGUACCAAAUUAGCUCAACAGAAACACAGGCAGCUUUCACUGGACAUGGGGCUGCAACAAACACGUACGCAGAUUCUGCAACAAUCAACUUCCGAUGCCCAAACAAGACGGCGAUUCGCCGUCCUCGCCUCCUACCUGAGCUUCGAAGCAGCAGCGGCCCGAAAACACACAGAAGGUAAAACAGAACCCGCUUUCUGGAAUAACCUCGAAAAUGCCGCCAAACUUCUAGGUCAAAUCAAAGAAUUUCUAACCAUAGCGGCAGGGCCGAGGCAAGCGAACACCAAGGGGUGCAUCACAACUAACGACGGCAGCGAGGCAACCGGCCUAAAGCAAGGUUUAACUGAGCUAGCCCAAGCUCAUGGCGGUUGCAAAGCACAAAUCGGUGACGACCCAACGGGCGUAGCGGCAAACGACAUCAUCGAUGACAAUGGACUUAAAAAAUACGAAACAGCAGCACCAGCACAAACCACAACCGGCGAAACAGGGUGCAAGCUGCUAACGCUCGGCAACAACAACGGCUACGUCGACGGAACCAGCCUUGGGACUGGCGUCGAAGUGGCGGGCGGGCUAUUAAAAAUUACACCGACUGUAACAAACGAACGGAAGCUAAACGACCUUGCGACGAAUCCGGGGGCAGGAAGUAAAGCAGCCAUCGCAGAAGCCUGGAAAGGAUUUUCAAGCCCCACCACGCCAGUAGCGGGCUACACUAACAAAGGUAUUUCAGCCCUAAAAACUGAACAGCACUUCAAGCUAGCUUUCCGGAUUGUCUACGGAGUCACGCCUGAAACAACGGAAAAGCAACUACAAGAUCAAAUAGACACAGUGUUCGGUAAAGACCCAGCAAAUUUCACAAACAACAACUGGAAGUUAGUCGAGGAAUAUACACUACCCAAGGACACAGCCGGUAAGCCUGCCGGAACGCAGCUGAAAGAAAUCAAAGAGCCCGCCGUCCUGAAGCAAAUCCUUUCUGAAACAUUGCACGACCGCGAAGUGAGGGAACAAAAACAACAGGCAGAGUUACUAGAAGCAAAGCGGCAACUCCAAGCCCAAAACAAAUCGGAAACUGCCAAAGAAGCAGCCGAAGCAAAGUGCAAUAAGAUUGACAAAGACACAGAAUGCAAAACGCCAUGCAAGUGGAACGCCGAAGCACAAGAUGAGGCAAAAAAGUGCACAUUGAGUGAGAAAGGCCAAAAAACAGCAGAAAAAGCAAACCAAGAAGGGAAAGGUGCCAAAACCACAAACACCACAGGAAACAAUUCAUUUGUCAUUCAUAAAGCCCCUCUUUUGCCUGCAUUUUUUCUUCGAUGA